AAUAAAUAAAAUUAUUUCUAGUGUCGCAAAUUAAAUUUCAUUGGUCGGUGAUCGUUGUCCACGUUAUACUUGGUAUUCGUGGAUAAAAAAAUAUAUGUUGGUGCGUAAUGUUUCAAUACGGGUUAAAUGUAAUGUAGUGUACUAUAGAAAAAAAAAAAAAAUAUAAACAACAAUAUAAAAUUUUUUUUUGUUAAAUAGAUGACAAGUAGAUUGUUUGUUGAUUAAAAAUUUAAAUUUUGACAGCAGUUACAAUGAAGACAAUACCGAAGUGUGAUCAAGAUGCUUGGUGGUGGAGCAAAAGUUCUUUUUGGGGAAAAGUUGCUUUAGGUUUAUUUGUUUUUAUUAUUUUGAUGGACUUUCCUCUAAUGUGCCAAGGUCAUGAUGCUCAUGAUCAUCACCACCAUCAUCAUGAUCAUGAUCAUGAUGAUGAUCAUCAUCAUCAUGAGCCAGCGAGCUUUAAAUACUCUCAAGCAGCUAACAGUAAUUUCAAGCCGCCACCGGUUCAUGAUCAUCACCAUGAGCACCACCAUCAUGAUCACGAUCAUGGUCAUGAUCAUAAGCAUCCAGAAGCUAAACCAACGACCGCAGAACCACGCGAGAGUGUCAUGCUCAAUGCUAUCGGAGCAACUUUACUGAUAUCAGCAGCUCCGUUUGUCGUGCUCUUCUUCGUUCCUCUAGAUAAUUCUAAAGAAAAAGAAUCAUUGCUGAAGAUACUGCUGAGCUUUGCAUCCGGUGGUCUUUUGGGUGAUGCAUUUUUACAUUUAAUUCCUCAUGCUCUGACUCCUCAUUCGCAUUCAGAUUCAGAGUCUGAUCACGAUCACGGGCAUGAUCAUGAUCAUGGACAUGAUCAUGGUCAUGGACACAGCCAUGAUCAUGGUAACGGCAUGGCUGUUGGUCUCAGUGUCCUACUGGGAAUAAUAGUGUUUUUAGUUGUGGAAAAAAGCAUUAGGUUAAUAAAAGGUGGUCAUUCGCAUUCACAUUCUCAUUCUCAUGAAGUUGAAACCAAGUCUAAGGACAAAAAGAAGAAUGAUGACGCUGAUGAAGAAGUUGAAGCUAAAUCAGAUGAUGGAGACAUUAAAAUAGCUGGUUACUUAAAUUUAGCCGCUGAUUUCUUGCACAAUUUUACUGACGGUUUGGCAAUUGGUGCCAGUUAUCUUGCUGGAAAAAAUAUUGGACACAUCACGACCUUUACGAUUUUAUUACAUGAAGUACCACAUGAAAUUGGUGACUUUGCUAUUCUUGUACAGAGUGGUUGUAGUAAAAAGAAAGCGAUGAUGCUUCAAUUAAUCACAGCUUUGGGUGCUUUAUGCGGUACUUAUGUGUCCUUAUUGGCUGAAGGAAUGGGAGAUGUAGCAACAGCGUGGAUUCUACCAUUUACAGCUGGUGGAUUUAUUUAUAUCGCAACGGUGUCAGUAAUACCUGAAUUAUUAAUUGACACUAAAUUCUGGCAAUCAGUCAAGGAGAUAAUUGCUCUUUUGUUGGGUGUUUAUAUGAUGGUAUUAAUUGCUGCAUAUGAAUAAAUGACGCAUUACGCGAUUAAUAUUUCAGCCUAAAAAAAAAAAUAAUGUAAACAUUCCAAAUCCUUGAAAAAUUAAUUAUUUAAUUUAUGUUUUAAGGUAUAAAUAAUUUUUAAAGACACUUACUGCCCAGAAAAAAAAAAAUAACGUACAUAUUUACGAAUUUAAAAGACUGCUCACAUGAGUCAGUAUUUUAUAAAUACCUUUAUAAUCUAGAGAAUCACUUAAAAAAAUAUUAUUCUCUGAUAAAUGACAAAUAAUUAAUUAACCAUUGUCGAUUUUUGUUACAGUCUGUACAACAUAGUUUAUAAAUUAUUUUGUCUAUAAACUUCAUAAAUUAUUCUGUUUAUUUA